AAACAAAGUACUUGUUUUUUGUUUUCCAAUAUAAUUGUCGUAUAUUGGACACAAGACACUCGUCCCUAUGAGAGUUUUUAAGAAACAGCAGACGAAAGUCAAGUCCUUUUUCCGCAGCGAGGACAUGGAUUUGUGCCAACUGGUGCUGCACACGGAAAAUGCCUUCGAUUGCCUCAUAGAGCUGGGACACCAUGGAGCAGUGCAGUUCAACAAUGUCUACGAUGAGGACCGAUUGCUGAACAACCUCUACUCCAAAAAAGUGACGCAGUGCUAUGAGCUACUGCGCAUCGUGGACAGCCUGCACACCUACAUCGUCCAAUUGCAUGUGAACGAGAUAUUCUAUCCGGAUGUCGAUCGAGAGAAUCGGCUGAAGGAGAAGGAUCUGGCCAAGUAUAGUGAUAGUCUGAAACGCAUCCAUGUGGAGGCCAGCGCCGUGACGGAGCACUACUACCGACUGGACAGUCGUCGAAAUCGCAUGAUGGAGCACAGCUUCGCUUUGAACAAGGCCAACAAGUAUAUGGUUUCCGACAUGGGCAGUGAACUGCUCUAUUCGGAGAGCACUGUGAUUGGCUUGGUUCAGGAUGCCACGACCACCUCUGGAGCUUAUCCGGCUCAUCUGAACUAUAUGAUCGGCUGCAUCCGAGCUGAUAAGUUCUAUAGCUUUGAGCUGCUGCUCUACCGCUUGUGCUCCUUCAACCUAAUCAUACGAUUUGCCGAAAUGCCUAGUCCGGUCUACGAAUAUCAUUAUGGCUAUAAGCCGGAAAGGGUGCGAAAGUUUGCAAUUCUCAUGAUGGCCAGCUCAACGAUGAUCUGGCCCAAGGUGCUCAAGAUAUGUGCUCUCUAUCAUGUUAAUAUCUACGAUUGCCCUAGUUCUGCCAGCCAGAGGGAGGAUAAGGUCAAGGAGCUGAGCCAGGAGAUAGUGAACGUGGAGAAGGUCCUCAAGGAGGCCGAAUUGAUGCGCCGCCAGAUCCUGGAGGUUGCUGGUCGGGAUCUAUUCAUUAUACGUGUGAAUCUUCGCAAGGCGCUGAAGGUGUACGAUCUGAUGAAUCGCCUGAGAUUGGUGGGAGGAGUAGAGGUACCUCGUUAUCUGUUGGCCGAGGUGUAUAUACCAUCGUCCGAUGUUCCCGAAGUGGAGGCAAUCCUACGAAGUGCCUCUCGAAUAAGUGGUGGUGAGGAUAUUAAUGAUUCAUCCGAUGAAGACGAGAUGAAUGAUAUGAAAACAAUGCCAAAUACUACUCCCUAUCCCAUUGAAUCGGACUUCCAGCCGCUCGAGGAUAUGAGUGCUGGAGCCAUUCUGCUAAAGAAGAACAGACUGGUCAGUCAUAUGCCACCAACGUACUUUCGGCUGAACAAGUUCACCAGGGGAUUCCAGAACCUAAUAGACGCCUAUGGUAUGGCCGAUUACAAGGAGUUGAAUCCCGCUCCGUACACCAUCAUCACAUUUCCCUUCCUGUUUGCCGUUAUGUUUGGCGACCUGGGUCAUGGAAUUCUGCUAAUUUUGUUCUCCUCGCUCAUGAUUUGGAAGCACAGGGAGAUCGAAAGGUAUCAGAUUAACGCGACCUCGGAGAACGAGAUCCUGAAUAUCCUUUAUGCGGGACGCUACAUAAUCUUACUGAUGGGUGUAUUUUCCGUCUACAUGGGCCUAGUCUACAACAUAGUCAUGGCCAAGGGCUUCAAUCUUUUCGGUUCGAGCUGGAGUUGUCGAUACAAUGAGACCACUGUGUAUGAUCCCGCUUUUCAUGUGACCCUGGACUCUUCGCAUCCUCACUUCUACUCGGGCCAUCCGUAUCCAUUGGGAAUGGAUCCAGUGUGGGCCGUCUGCGGCCAGGACUCGAUAACCACGACCAAUUCGUUGAAGAUGAAGAUGGCCAUUGUCCUGGGCAUAUCACAAAUGAUGUUUGGACUGGGCCUGGCUGCCGCUAAUUGUGUGCUGAUGAAGCGAAAAGCAGAUCUCAUUCUGGUCGUUAUUCCGCAGAUGAUCUUCAUGCUGUGCCUCUUCGGCUACCUCGUCUUCCUGAUCUUCUACAAGUGGAUGUCCUACGGAGGCCAUAAGCCGGCGCCCUACAAUGCUGCGUGUGCUCCCUCCGUUCUGAUCACCUUCAUCAACAUGAUGCUGAUGAAAAAGGAAGAACCGGUGGAGAACUGCCUGGAUUAUAUGUAUCCUAAUGAGCGAAUGAUAGAGUUCGCCCUGGUGGGGAUAGCCUUUUCUACGAUACCCAUUUUAUUGGCCGGCAAGCCAAUAUAUCUCAUGCGGCGUCGCAGAAAGAUGGAACAGGAACGGGAACGGGAUUUUAAGAGGAUGCGCCGCCAGACGAUCGCGGAAAUGCGAUCCACGAUGAGGUACACGGAUGACGAUAACAGUGAGACCAGCAGGCAGAAGAGCGUUGACAACGAGGAGGAGCACGAGAUGUCGGAGAUUUGGAUUCACUCUGGAAUCCACACGAUCGAAACGGUCCUGGGCUCGGUAUCGCAUACGGCCUCCUACCUUCGAUUGUGGGCCCUCUCGUUGGCGCACGAUCAGCUGUCCGAUGUCCUGUGGCACAUGGUACUGACCAAGGGAUUCGCCAACACUCUGCCAUUGUACUAUGGUGUGCCCGUGCUCAUGGCCACUUUCUUCGCCUGGGCCAUUCUCACAGUGGCCAUACUGGUGAUGAUGGAGGGAUUGAGCGCCUUCCUGCACACUCUGCGGCUCCACUGGGUGGAGUUCCAGUCGAAGUUCUUUGGCGGAGCGGGCGAGUCGUUCAAGGCAUUCAGUUUCCCGCCGUCAAACCAGAGGAGUUAGUUCUAUUUCGUACAGUUUACAAAUAAAAUUUAUGGUUUGAGCUUUUUAGCUAUUAUUUAUA